AUGCUAAACGUAACUAUUAGUGAGGGUCCUAGAGUUAUUGAAUAUGCCAGUAGAACAUUAUCAGAGGUAGAGCGCAGAUACUCUCAAUUAGAAAAAGAAGCUUUAGCACUAGUUUGGGCUGUAGAGAAAUGGAAAAUUUACCUUUUAGAUACUCCUCAUUCAGUAAUGGGUGUAAGUCCAUCAGAAUUGUUGUUGGGGAGGAAAUUUAGAGAUAAAUUACCGCAAAUUCAAGGAAUGGGUUUUAAUGAAGAAGUUGAAGACAGAGAUAAAGAAAAGAAGUUUAUAGGAAAAGAUUUUACAAACAAGAAAAGAAAUGCAAGGGAACAGGAAGAGUUCAAGGAGGGCGAUUUGGUUUUAUUAAAACAAAGUAAAACAAAUAAGCUUACUCCAAAUUUUUGUGUGGAUCCUUAUACAGUAGUAAGUACAGAAGGUUUAUCUAUUACUGUUGAGAGGGAUGGAGCAAAAUAUACCAGACAUGAUUCAUUUGUGAAAAAGUUUAUAAAAGAAGAUAGUGGAUCAAAAGAAGUUGAAGAUGAGUCGGCUGGUGACACAAGUAGUAUUGAUCAAAAACCAAAAAGAGAAAUUAAGUUAUCAGAAAAGUACAAAGAUUUUUGUAUGUAAAUAUUUAUUGACAUAAGUUAUUCGUGGUUCAAGUCUUUAGGUAGCAUUAUAUGUUAUUUUAAUUAUGUUGUUUUUUAAUAUCUUGAUAUGUUGUUUUUACUAUCAUGUAUUUGCUAUGUAUUAAUAUUUUGAUUGUUAUGGUCAUUUAAUAAAAAAGGACCGAAAGUUUUUGUUAAACAAAAGUAACAAGUAAACAAAAGGUUAAAUGGUUAGUUGGUUCUCUCCAUAUCAUCGGUUUACCAAACUUCAGUGAUCUUUUUUUACCUGAAUACCAGGAGCUGAGGACCAAUCUACAGUUAUUGCAAAUUACAUGAAGAACCCAAUUUUUAUCUUGAUUUGAUACUGCACAUCCAAAAUAAUGUAGGUACGCUUCUUGCAAUGGUUUUGUUAUAGAAAAACCCUAAUUCAAUUGAACAGUUUUGCCACAAAUAUAACAAAAUCGGUUUGGAUCUAGCUUACAUAUUCUCGACGACAUUUUUAUAAAGUACGACUUUUGAAACACAAGUUGUUAACAAAAUGAAGCGAUAAAUGUAUGUGAAGAAUUUCAGGUAGAAAAAAACAAAGAACUUUCUUAUAUCAGAAUCGUGACGUGCUGCGGGAAAAUUUUUUUUUUUUCUAACUACCAUCUGUAGCCUACAUAAAUAAUAUACGUCGCAUUUCAUGAAUAAAAAAAAAAAUUUUUUUGUAAACUAGUGUAAUUUUUUAAACUCAAAAACUUCAUAAAAUUGACGUUAUUUUAGAAAAAUAUACAUAUAC